GUGAGCCCUAGAUGAGGGAUGGAGCUUGGUUUCUUGUGGCCAAAUGUUCAUUCGUUCAGCCUCAUGCUCGAGCUCAAGGAGAGAACACAGGGCGCGUGUGCACGCGCUCGCUCGAUCUAAACUGUACUCGUUCUGCUCCGGGGAAAGACCUUACAUAAUAUCCUCCAUGCUGGACCAUAGUACCAAGUUUGUAUUCUCGAAUAACCUGAUGGAAGUCGUACAGAAUGGUCUGGAAAACCCCAAUCACACCGCCACAUUCAAUCUCGAUGGUUCAUCACAUAGUCCUGUCCAAUCCCACUCCCGUCCUGUCCAUCUCCAUCCCAGGCGUAAAUGAAUGCAAGCAAGCAAGCAAGAGAACAAGCAAAGAAGAGGAUCAAGCAAGCAACAGGAACAAGGCCAAACCCUACCAAACCAUAUCAUGGUCUGAUCACAAGACCUCCCCACGUCGACCCGAUCUUCUCGAAGCCUUGGAGGAAGACAGCCGGUUGUUGUCUACCGCCGACCAUUCCCAUUCGCUGCUUCGUCCCGGCCGAACAGCAAUUAAGCCUAAGAUCUACGACGACGAAGAUGAGGAAAAAAAUCACCCGCGGCUCCAUGUCCACGACCUAGUCCUUGUCCAUCUGCAAUCACACUCACAGACACAGCAUAGUCAGGCCACGAUCCUUGUCGCCGUGCCCUCCUCACCCACAGUAGAGUACUACCACCCCAGACCAAGACUCAAGACCCGGCCUUCAUCAAUCAAUCUCCAGCUGUACAAGCAAGGCCAGGCAAUCUAAAUCUCUCC